CAAAAGAAAGAACAAGGCUUAAUUCAGGAAAUAUCUGCAGGUGAUAGCCAAGAUGAUGCAUUCCCAUCCACCCAAGAUCAUGACUCCAUAUCUCCAGAAUAUUCAACUGAAAUUUUGCUGACCUCAG